AUGUGGAAGUGGUUAGCGUUCAUAUGGUUGAUCGCAACAAAAUUGCUAAAAGAGCCAGGACCAGUGAUAAGCGUGAAAGAUGGCCUGCUCCGAGGCAGGACUAGUGGGGAUGGCAACUUCUAUCAGUAUUUCGGGAUUCCUUAUGGAACUGUGGAUCAGACCAAUCGUUUUCAAGCACCCCUACCACCAAUAAAGUGGAAAGGGAUCUUCGAAGCUAUCAAUGAGAACACGAGAUGUCCCCAAAAAAUGUUUGGUCCUAUUAUCGCCGGCACUGAAGAUUGCCUCAAACUAAAUAUUUACACGCCCAUAACCGCCGUUUCACAUUUACGUGCUGUGAUGGUUUACAUCCACGGGGGAUGCUUUUUUGAAGGAAUAGGAAGUGCUUUUUUAUACGGGCCUGAUUACUUUGUAGAAAAUGACGUCAUCUUUGUUGGCAUCAACUAUAGACUGAACGUCGAAGGAUUUCUCUGUUUGGGUAUUAAAGAAGCCCCGGGCAACGCCGGCCUGAAGGACCAAAUAGCAGCUCUUAGAUGGGUUAAAGAAAAUAUCGCUGCAUUCGGUGGUAACCCCAAUAAUAUAACAAUAUUUGGUGAGAGUGCUGGUUCAGUGUCUGUAUCACAUCACAUUAUGUCUCCCGCUUCUAGAGGACUUUUUAGUAGAGCAAUCUUACAGAGUGGUUCUUCAUUGGCGCCCUGGGGUCUUCAACACGAUCCUAUUAAGACCGCUAGAAAUUUAGCUAAAGAAUUCGGAUACUAUGGUAAAGAUCCUCUUGAGAUUUAUAGGACUCUAUCAAAUAGAAGUACUGAAGAGUUAAUUAAUGCAAUAAAAUUAAAAGAAAAUAAGAAUUAUAUUACUGCAGAGAUACUAUUUGGACCGUGUGUUGAAAGUGCAAUUCCUGGAGUAGAUCCAGUAAUCACUGAACAUCCCGUGGACACUAUUAUUUCCGGAAAUUACACUAAAGUUCCUAUGAUAAUAGGGUACAAUGACCAAGAAGGUAUAUAUUUUGUAGCGAAAGAUUUUGGAACCAGUUUAAAACAAAAACCCAAUGAUAUUUUACAUGGAGACCUAGAAUUUCCAUCAGCAUUAAGCAAAAACGCAAGCAUGGAAGAGAUAAAUGAAUACUACUUUUCAUCGGGGAAAGAGGAUUUAAUUAUGGAUAUGAUUAAUUUAUAUUCGGAUCUGCAUUUUAAAUACCCAGCCGUGAUUGAAUCCGAAUUGUACGCGAGGACGAGCGACCAACCCAUUUAUUACUACUUAUUUAAGUACAGCGGGUAUAUCAACAUGCCGAAGAUUAUUUCACUCUUCGGGUUUGUGCAGGGGGCGUCCCAUGCAGAUGAGCUUUUUUACUUGUUCAAACCGCAUACUUUCCCAUUGCCGACCCGCAUUCUAGAAACCCAAAUGAUAAAACGAAUGGUCACAUUGUGGACUAACUUCGCGAAAUACGGCGAACCAACGCCGACCACAUCGCCUCUCUUACCUGUAAAGUGGCAGCCCAGCCAGGCUUGGAACCCCACAGCCUUGCUCAUUGACCGACACCUAACCACUGGCCCUCUUUGGGAUGAGGGCUCCUUGUCUCUAUGGAAUAAAACUUACAUUAAGUACAGGAGGAAACGUUACGGAUUUCGAUAA